UUCUUAGAUUUACCGUUAUUUGAUCGAUCGAGUAAGAGAAUAUAAUACAAUCCAAUCCAAUACAACACACACACACACACACAUAUAUAAACAAAAAAAUGGAAACUAAACCCAUAAUAGAAAGGCCCCUAAUCCCCUCUGACACGCCCUCCUUCGGUAUCGAAUUUGAGUUCCUCAUCGCCUUCCUCAAAAACCCCGAAAUCCCAAACCCCAACCCCUCAGAUCCACGAACCGUCUAUUUCCCCUCCACCGCCGAAGACGACGUAUCAUUAUCUUUAGUCCCCGCCGGAAAAGAAAACUGGGCAAGCGAAUGGUCCAUAUACGCACAUAUAAAACGAACCCUCUCAUCCAUCGGACUCCCUACCGAACCAGGAAAAGCACAUUCAAAUUUCGCCAUGUGGGAAGUCACCACAGAUGGCUCGAUCCAACGACCCAAACCCCCGAGUAAGAGAAAUAAAAAAGCUUACGAUGAUUGGAGAACUUAUUCGUAUUAUCCCAUCGAGGUUCGUACACCCGCUUACUAUUACAGCGAAGAUGCAUUAACAGAUAUUGCAGAUUUCUGUAAAAUCAUGCGCAAGAAUUACCUGAUUACCGUUAAUGCCUCCUGUGGCCUCCACGUCCACAUCGGCUACGGAUUGUCAGGGUUCGAACUCCCCCACCUCAGACGUCUAGGCGCUCUAAUCGAAGCUUUUGAACCGCAACUCGAUUCCAUUCAUCCAGCCCAUCGAAUCGAUGGUCAAAAUACCCACUGUACCUCUUUUCGUCGGGGAACCUAUUACCAGAGGAAAUUCCGACAGGAGCAGGGUCGUGAUCCGCGCGUGCUAGAAGUGCUAGCUACGGUUCUUACAUGUCGCACGCGCGACCAAUUUCGCGCGUUCGUAGCUUCGGAGGGUCCGACGGGAACGGUGGGGUUUGAGAGUGGUACUUCGUCGUGGAAUUUCGAUCGUAUGGGUACCGAGACAAGGCGGAAGGUUGAUUGGGUGCAGGAUACGAUUGAGUUUCGCGGGCAUGAGGGGACGCUUGAUCCGGAGGGGGUGGAGAAUUGGACGAGGUUGUUGGUGGGCUUGGUAAAGUAUACUAGGGACCCUGAUAUGCUUGAGUUUGGGAGUUUGCUGCAGAGAGUCACGGGUGAAAAAUGGGUCAAGGAGUUUUUGGAUACGAAGGCUACGGGUGAGAGAUAUGGACUUGGAGGAAAAAUGUUCAGACCUGUUUUUGGGCAGACAUGGUGCGGAUUAGUGGAUUUUCUUAGGUUAUUAGGACUUGAUAGUCCCGCAAACUAUUAUGAGAAGAGGAAGGGUAAGUACUUGGAGAAUGGACUGUAUACUCAUUGGUAUAGCAGUGCACCGGUGGAAUAUACCGUGCUGGGAGAUGGAGGUUCUGAUGUGAAGGAUAGUGAAGAUUCGAAAACUUCGGAUGAUUCUCCGUCGUCCGAUUCGUCUUCAGGCCAUUUUAGACCUUUUGAUCCGAAUCCGAAUCCGGGGACGCAGCCUGGGGCACCGCCCGGUGUACCCCCUAGAUCACCACCACCUGGUGCUGAACCAGAACCGGGAAAUAAUGAUGGGGAAAAUCAAGGUCAAGAUCAAGAUGAACCAGCACCCUCGGAAACUAAAUCCGCUCCCGCCUCCUCCUCCUCAGAAGAAUUCCCCGCCCGUCCCGGCACCAAAAAAUUACAAGAAGCAGGUGCGGCCAAUAAUCCCCCUUCUGGAUCCGCCUCUUCUAGAGAUUCUGCGAGUAGCGCAUCGAGUGAAUUCACUAAUCCGACUCCGCCGGUUGUUCCUGGGGAUGCUGAACCCGUCCCUGUGGAGUCUCCUGUGCCUAUGGAUUCAGGACUGGCUACUGAGGAUUCUGGUGCCGUGUCUGUGGUGCCUGCUGUACCUGCUGUACCUAGUUUACCUCCUCUCCCUCAGGAUUCUUUACCGGGAUUUAAUUUACCUCCUGCACCCACAGAUUCUUUACCAGCACCAAAACCCAGUGAAAAAGGAGUCCCAUCCCCAUCAUCACCUGCCUCUCACAAAUCCAGCAAUCCAAACUCAAAAUCACGCUCAAAAUCCACAGAUUCCUCAAAAGAACCCGAUAAAACAAGCUCAGAAUACGAAGCCGAUGCAUUAGCCGCAAAAGAAGUACUACGAAAAUUCUGGGAAGAGGAAACGAAGAGACAAGAAGAGGAAGAUGAAGAGAGGAAGGAAAAGAAGAGGCAGAGGAGUAGUAUGGGUGGUGGGAGCAGUGAGAGGAGUGAGAGGAGUGUUGGGAGUGGAUCGUUGGCAUUUGAUGAUCCGGGUCCUAAGGAUGAAGGGCAGGAGGAGUUGGUGCCUUGGGAGGGUGCUGGGGUAGAGGAUGAGAAGGGAGUGGAGUUUGAUGAUGGGGAGGAAGAGAAAAUAAAGAAGGAGAAGAAGGAGGAGGAGGAGGAGAAGAAGAGAAAGAAGCAGGAGAGCGAGAAGGAGGAGAAAAAGAAGGAGGAAGAUGAGAAGGAGGAGAAGGACACUGACGAAGACGCCGACGAAGACGACGACACGGACGAAUCAAUGCUAGAACGCCCCAGGCAGCAGGAAGGGGUAGAGAAUCCUGCAUCGGAAGAGGGAGAAGGUCUCGAGUACCUCGUAGUCUACGGAGAAACGAAACUUCCUCCGCUCCCCGGCCACAUAAACUACAGUUUCCGAACCGCAACACAACAUUCCCAUCUCCUCAACGGCACCACUCCCAAGCAAAUCCGCGCUCUGGCACCCAAUAUCGGAAAUGCGAUCGGCAGUCGUUUCCACCGACGUGAUCGUGAACCCUCAAGUCCCUGGCUCCAAGAAGCUCCCGACAUCGCAAGUAUGAAUCCCCGUCGGAUACCCUAUCCUGGUCCGGACCCCUGGCUCGGCAGACCGAAUUUCCCCUUAUUUCAAGCACGUGCACAACUCGCCGACGCCUUAUACGAAGAAGAAAUUGAUGCUGAGAAUGAAGAUGGAAUUUGGCGGGGAAAGGGAACCAUGGGUGAGACGUGGGAUAUUCAACACGGAGAACCGGGUACACGAUCCGAAAAACUUCGUCGCAUGUUGGAAGGAUUGCGAAUUCAUGAUGUGUCGCCAUCUAUUAAAGGGUAUCUUCGUUAUAAGGCUCGGCUACACGGUCGGAAGGAUUUCUAUACAAAUCCAGAUCAUUUGUUUCCUCCUGCCGCGAAGACGCUUGAGGAAUUCGAAAAAAAUGAUGAUGACUGGUGGCGUUUUGAAGUGGCUUGUAUGACUAUGAAUGACCUUUUUGAAAAAUCAAAUGAUGCUGAUGAUGAGAUUGCUGAAGACGCAUGCGAAGCGAUUCUGCGAAUCGGUGGCCCAGACGGAAUGGGCGCUGAGUAUUGGCCCGAGGGAGCACAAAAUCCCUUUAGCAAUCUACCGCGCACACAGGAACCCGUCCAGGAAGAUGUAAGUCCGCAUACGGAUGUUCCCGGAAUACAUUUUCCCUUUCCCGGACAAUCACAAGCGGAUUUUUGGGAGGGUUUAGAAGUGUUGAAACAGGAGGAAGAGGAUAGGCGAAAACAAAAGGAAGAGAAAGAUAGAAUUGCGAACGCAUUGCGUGAGCAGAAUCAGAAGAUUAUGGAUGAGAUGAGACAGGCGGAGGAAGAGAUGGAGAAGAGGAGGAAGAAGAAUAUGCCGCCUCCUUUGCCGCCGAGAUCAAAUUUACGUCCUCCGCCUUUGCCGCCGAGACCGGUUGAUCCGGAGAAAAAAUAA